GGGCGCGCUCCCGUGCCAGUCGCGUGGUCUCCGUGCUUCUCCAUAUUGCUGCGGCUGGAGGGGUGCCGCGGGCGGGGGAGCUGGUGCAGGGGAGCCCCCCCACUUGCUCCGGGCGGCGUGCGGCUGAGCAGGGCCCCGCCCGGCGGGGGGAGCGCCUGGAGCAGGAGCCGGGGGGGGGCGGCGCGGCGCAGAUGGCGACCCAGGUGGAGGCUCUCCUGCCCGGCAGCCGCCUACUGCCCGCCGAGGAGCACGGGCUGCUCAUCAAGAAGCCCCAGGAAGGGGCCCGGGAGAAGGGCGAGCCCCUCAUGCCCCACGGGGAGAAGGCCACCGCCGAGGAGGGCAGCGGGGGCGGCCCGGACGGCGGCCCCAAGGCGGGGGGCGGCGGCCCGGCGGGGGAGCAGCCCCGGCGCAGCGCGGCGCCCAAGCCCCCCAGCAUCAAGCAGCAGAAGGAGGAGAGCAACAACCAGGAGAAGGAGAACCUGCUGCAGCAGCGCGGAGGGGGCGAGAACCGGCUGCUGGGCGAGGCGGGGGGCAGCAGCGGCGGCGAGGAGGGCGGCGAGCCGGGAGGAGGCGGGCGCAAGGAAUUCAUCGAGGCCCCCCCGCCCAAGGUGAACCCUUGGACUAAAAACGCCCCGGUGGCCGUGGUCACAGUCAACGGACAGUCCCCCCCAGAACAUACGACUCCAGCCAAAGUGGUGAGGGCUGCAAACCCCAGGCAGCGGAAAGGAAGCAAGGUGGGUGACUUUGGUGAUGCCACGAACUGGCCGACCCCUGGAGAAAUAGCCCACAAGAGCAUCCAGCAGCCACCCAAACCCCAGCCCCUCCGGAAGCUGCCCCUCAAGAAAGAUAUGAAAGAACAGGAGAAAGGGGACGGGAGCGAUGGCAAAGAGAACCUGAAAACCAAAUCAGACGAGUCCGGGGAGGAGAAGAACGGGGACGACGACAACCAGAAGUUGGCCCAGAAGAAGAAAGCUGUGUCAUGCCCAAAUCCUGUCCCUCAUUCAGGCAACAAGCACAAGUGGGUCCCUCUGCAAAUAGACAUGAAGGCGGAGGCGCCCAGGGACAAAACGGCCUCUCGGAACAACCGGCAGAACGAGCAACAUAGGCACCCCUCCAACAACCGCAGCGAAUUGAAAGGCUGGCACCCGGAUAACAAGCACGAGCGGAACUGGCCUGAUCACGACGAAACCUCCAGUGUCAAGAGCGAGGGAGGAGCAGUGCGAGGAGCCUUCCGGGGCAGGGGCCGGGGCAGGGGCCGGGGCCGGAGCCGAGGAAGAGGAGGCACUCGCUCUCACUUUGACUACCAGUACGGCUACCGGAAAUUUGACAGCUCGGACGGCUCGCGCACCCAGAAGUACGCCAGUAACAUCACCUACUACUUCGAUAACGUCAGCAGCACGGAGCUGUACAGCGUGGAUCAGGAGCUGCUCAAGGACUACAUCAAGAGGCAGAUAGAGUACUACUUCAGCGUGGACAACCUGGAGCGGGACUUCUUCCUGCGGCGCAAGAUGGACACGGAAGGCUUCCUCCCCAUCACCUUGAUCGCCAGCUUCCACCGGGUGCAGGCCCUGACCACGGACGUUGGCCUCAUCGUCAAGGCUCUGAAGGACAGCAAGGUGGUGGAGAUUGUGGACCAGAAGAUCAGGAGAAAGGAGCAGCCAGAAAAAUGGCCUCUCCCCGGCCCCCCCAUGGCAGACUACACACAGACUGACUUCUCUCAGCUCAUCAACUGCCCUGAGUUCGUCCCCCGGCAGAGCUUCCAAAAGGAGACAGAAUCUGCCCCCGGCUCUCCCCGCUCUGCCAGCCCUGUGCCGACUAAGACUGAGGAGGUCAGUAACCUGAAGACGAUGCCCAAAGGCCUGUCUGCCAGCUUACCGGACUUGGAUUCGGAGACGUGGAUUGAAGUGAAGAAGAGGCCUAGGCCUUCCCCAGCCAGACCCAAGAAAGUGGAGGAGUCGAAAGCACCGCAGAAACAGAAGGACCAAGACGAGCCUGAGGAGUUGGACUUCCUGUUUGACGAGGAAAUGGAGCAGAUAGACGGCCGUAAGAACACCUUCACCGACUGGUCAGAUGAGGAUUCGGACUACGAGAUCGACGACAGGGACGUGAACAAGAUUCUGAUUGUGACACAGACGCCCCCUUACCUGCGCCGGCACCCCGGGGGGGAUCGCACAGGCAAUCACACCUCCAGGGCGAAAAUGAGCUCUGAGCUAGCCAAGGUCAUCAAUGAUGGGCUGUAUUACUACGAGCAGGACCUGUGGACGGAGCAGUUUGAGCCUGAAUACUCGCAGAUCAAGCAAGAAGUUGAGAACUUCAAGAAAGUGAAUAUGAUCAGCCGGGAGCAGUUUGAUACUCUGACCCCAGAGCCCCCCGUCGAUCCAAACCAGGAAGUCCCGCCUGGACCCCCCAGAUUCCAGCAAGUUCCUACUGACGCUUUGGCCAAUAAGCUAUUUGGAGUUCCGGAGCCUUCAACCAUCGCCCGAUCUCUGCCAACCACUGUGCCAGAAUCACCCAACUAUCGCAACGCCAGGACCCCCCGGACCCCUCGCACGCCUCAGCUGAAAGACCCAACGCAGACGCCCCGGUUCUACCCCGUGGUGAAGGAGGGCAGGACGAUAGAUGCCAAGACCCCCCGGAAGAGGAAGACGAGGCACAGUUCAAACCCCCCCAUGGAAUGCCACGUUGGCUGGGUGAUGGACUCCCGGGAACACAGGCCUCGCACUGCCUCCAUCAGCUCCAGCCCCUCGGAAGGAACCCCUGCCAUCGGGAGCUACGGCUGCACCCCUCAGUCGCUGCCCAAGUUCCAGCAUCCUUCCCACGAGCUGCUCAAGGAGAACGGCUUCACGCAACAUGUGUAUCACAAGUACCGUCGGCGCUGCCUUAAUGAGCGCAAACGCCUGGGCAUCGGUCAGUCCCAGGAGAUGAACACGCUCUUCCGCUUCUGGUCGUUUUUCCUCCGAGAUCAUUUUAACAAGAAAAUGUACGAGGAAUUCAAGCAGCUGGCAUUGGAAGAUGGCAAGGAGGGAUACAGGUACGGCCUGGAGUGCCUUUUCAGAUACUACAGCUACGGGCUGGAGAAGAAAUUCCGGCCGGACAUAUUUAAGGAUUUCCAAGAAGAAACCAUCAAGGAUUACGAAGCUGGGCAGCUCUAUGGGCUGGAAAAGUUUUGGGCCUACUUAAAAUAUUCCAAAGCCAAAAACCUGGACAUUGAUCGCAAGCUGCAAGAAUACCUCAGCAAGUUCAAGCGCCUCGAGGACUUCCGAGUGGACCCACCCAUGGGAGAGGAAGGUGGUCACAAGAGAUUCCCAUCAACGCUGGGAGGAGACGGAAGGAAGCGCUACCCCUCCCAGUCUUCCAGCAAACCGGUCAGCCACUCCCCAUCCAGCCAAGCCCAUGCCUCGUCCAGCCAGCCUGUGAGAGAGGAUGCCAAAAACCUGAGCCACCAUGCCCUUGCCACAGCGGCUGUGGAAUCUCAAACACUGGGGAAGUAGAGAAGCUGGAGCUUCUGCUUCCUAUUGGGGAAGGGGUGGGUUGGUGGGGAAUUUGACCGGGGGAGGGGAGAAGUGCGGUGGGGAGGGACCGAAAGGGAGUCGGAACGUGGGUGUCCAAGAAUAGGCUGCUGGGGGAAACUUCAACGCACACAACCUCUCUUGUGGCUGGAAAACAAGACGAUCCCAAUCCAAAAAGGAUCCUUUGCUUGCUGUCUGUCACUGACUGAAGCCGGACCCCCUCCGCCCCCACUUUCAUGUCUUAGCUUCUUUCUGGGUGGGUUGGGAAGGGGGAGAUAUUUUUUUUAUUAUAUAUAUAUCAAGUUUUAAAUUAUUGAUAGAAGUUCGUCUGGAUUUACCAAAAUCACUCUGCGCUACGCAGCUCCCCUCCCCCCCGACACGCACCCCUUUGGGUCAGCUAUGCAGCCUGCUCGGAAAGCUACGAAGCUCCGCGUCGAGUCGGCCUGCGGAACCACCGACGUUCCUGACCCGGCUGACUUCACCCAUUCCGGAUACAAGGAUGCGUUUUAAAAACAAAAACCCAACCGAUACAGAAAGACUUGAUUGUAUUUGCCCCUCCUCUCGCCAGCUCCAUUUCCCAGGGUGGGUUCUCCCUCCACCCAACCAGCCCUUCCAUCAUGGACAAUUGGAAGUCAACCAAAGGACCUUGACCAGACAUCGCAAUGGGCUCAUUCGACCCUUCUGUGCGACGACGGGAUCCGCAGGCUCGUGCAGGAAUGCUGACUGCACUAGAAGCAGGAGCUUUCUCUUCCUCCCCCUUUGAAAACCACAAAAAAAAAAAAAACCCCAAACCCUCUCCACAGACUGCUCUCCCUUGGCUUUCUUCCUUGAAAAUAAUUGUUGCCUUAUUGUGGAGUGGGAGUUCUGUGCCCCGCCGGACUUCCUCACGUGGCCUCGGGGCGUGGCGUCUGCGUGGGGCAAGAGCCCCUUCGUAACCCCCUCCCUGUGGGACUCCUGCGGGGAACGGCUGGCGAUCUCCCGGGCGACCCGGUUGCAUUGACACAGACACCGGAGCUGUUCCCUGCAGCCGAGAGGGACGCUGUAGGAGCCACGCCGGACGAUCCCCUUCCCUUGGAGGUGGGCUGUAGGCCCCGCUCUGGAGAGGACGCAGUGCUGACGCAGCUUAAUCUAAGACUUAGCCUACGUAGUUGAAGCCGAUGUGAUGUAUAUACUGUUGUAGUGUCCUUCUUCUUGCUACAGCAACUGUCCGUGCUGUUGCCUCACUCAGACUUAGAGGUGUCCUUUUCUUUCUUCCUCCGCCAGCCCAACAAGCAGGGGGCAGCGCUGGGGGGUGGGGUGGGAGAGGUUGGUUAUCGGCCAGCUGGGAGGGUAGGAGGCCAGCAGGAAGGGGGACAGCCCCAAUGGCCGGAUUUCUCACUGCUGAGGGGAGACGUGGAGCCGAGAGUAACGUGACGGUCCCGGAGCACGUUGGUGCUACGCCACGGCAGCUGAGGAAAGCAGAUACCGAGAACCCAUCUUGGACGAGCGCUGACCCCGGGGGCUGGCUGGGUGGGGGUGGUCUCAGUUCAGGAGGCUGCCUGCGAAAUGCGGUCUCAGUGCGGGUUUCCCUGUAACAGACUGGUGCAUUCAAACCUCCUCUUUUCCCCCCGUUAGGGUGCACGGCAGGCACCACCCUGCAGCUGUCGCGAAGCCCUGGGGUUUGGUCGCCCGACCACAGCACCACUGGGGCAUUUAUCAGACUCAGCGGUGCAGUACAGGAGCCGGCUUCGGGGGGCGCCUCAUCCCCCAGCGCCUGCGUUCGGACUCUCCAGAAGACAAGCUGAGCCUGGUGGGGUUUGGCCGGGGUGGGGAGCAGACGGGGCUGAGAUGGCGCAGAAGGAAGUUGUGGCUCACAGGUGUUCUGCAUCCCAGCCAGGAGGCAGUGCGGAAUUCAGGCGUGAAGGCGGAGGUGGAUCCCCUGGGAGGGGAAGGGGUACUUCCCUUGCUGGUAAUCGCUCCGCCUCCGUGUGUUUCUGCGUGUGCUUUGCUGGGUUCUGUGCUGCAUCUCCUGCGUGUGCUGGCCUUGCAAGCCAGGGAGGAACUUGCUCGACAAAUAUUGAAAACAAUGUCUGUCUGCAGAUGCUGCUGCCUUGGCCCGCUGCUGUCUGGGCAAUGGGGGGGAACCUUCCCCCCAGCUCAUUGUCGCCCCGUCAGCUUUUAGUGCAGUGGCAUGUCACUUCUGAGCAUCCCGCUGAUUUAGGGCUGUCACAUACUAGGGCACCAUGCCUGGCAAGGGGGGGGUGUCUCUAGGGCUUGCAUGCUGCUUAGUAGCUGGGAACCCUGCCCUGUACCUACAGGAGGCCCCGCGGUGCUGGGGGAGGGGGCUGGAGGGCAGCAGUUCAGAGCAAAGCUCAGUACAGCAAGCUGGGUGGAUCACCUGGAGUUUGUCACCGUUGGGUAUCGGCAUCGCCAGAGGCGGGUAAUGAGAGGUCCGUGAGCUGCUAAUGGGCCCUGUCCAGCGAAAGCAACCAGCUUCUCAGAGUUAUACUGCUUAAAACAGGCUGCUGUGGGGAGGGGGGGCAGAGAUGCUGGUUGUUUCAGAGCAGCUUUGGGUGACUCUACAGCCAAGCUGCUGUCGCUAGCUAGAGCCGAGCCAAGGGAACUGAGUGGCUGGUACUUUGUGUUCCCUCAAAUCAAGAUCCUGGUAUAUUCCACAACUAAAGCCUGCUAAUGAUUUAAACACAGAGGCCUGCCCCAGUGUCCUUGCCUUAUUCUGCCGUGUCUGGGAUAGCACGGAGUGCCCAGUUGGCCAUGUGAGCCCCAACAUGGAGGUGCAGUGCUAUCGCGUGUCAGCCUUGACUUUGAAUUUCCCUCGUCUUGUGAGCUGGAGCCAAACCCUCACUCUUGCAGGUGUGCUGGGAUUUAGAUGGGGGUGGUAGGGAAGAGCCUGGAGGAUAUUGAGGAAUGACUGCGGAGCCACUGCUGUCUCUGUUGUUGGGGGCGGGGGGCAUGGUCUCUUCGUUACCAGUUGUUUGCAUCUGAACAACUCAAACCAGGAAUUAGGAGAAAUGGGCUCGCCUUGAGGAGUGGUUGCUUGUGAAAUCCAACAGGCUAAAGGAGCCAGUGGAGAUGGCAGAAGUGCCCAGGAACGUCCCAGAGAGCUUCAGAGAUCCAAACUGAUUGAUUUGCUGUUCUGUCUUUGUUUGUGCGACACCCUCUCAAAUUUCAGCCCAGAGCAGUUUGUUUCCCAUUUUAGUCCGUGGUUUGUCAUUUGUCGUCCGUGUGAAUGGGACCUGCCUAGAAAGUCGUCUCUGCAGGAGAAGCUUGCCCAGAGGAGAGAUCCCCGCAGUUGUACAACAGCCCAGGAUUGACAUGCUGUUGAAUUGUAGCAGAUUACAAUAGGGUCAAGUGUGAGCUGUGUUUGCAUGCUGCUGUGUGAGGCAGGCCCAGAUCCCCGGGGGAGGGAGAGGAGAUGUGGAAAUGAACCCGAGAGGCAGCUGCAUUGCGUCAUGCGUGUGGUCCCGAAGACUGAAAUAAAUCAAGGCAGCAGGGUCCUGUUUCACCCUCUGCUCUAGAAGGAGAGGAGACUUUUGCUCUUUACUCCCUGCAGUGUACAAUGUAUGCCACUUUCCAAAGAGGGGAGGACAAUGAAGUAUUUGGUGGCACCAGGAGUGCGAGUUUAUGGCAGCAUUGCUCAGAUGAGGGCUGACCCCAUAGGGUUCUAGCCUGUGUCCACAGUCACAGAGCCCCACGGCCUGCCGAGUGGGUACCAGGGCUGAGGGGUGACUGAAUGCUACGAUUGACCUCAGAGAGGUCUGCCGUGCCUCCUGGUGCACACGGGGUGAGCCUCCGGAGGCACCUUCCCAAAGCUAAGUGAGACCCACCUCUGCUAUGGAGAAUAUAUCUACAGCUAGAGGAUUGCAUGUGUCUGAACGCCCCUCCGAGGAGGGGAGGCGGCUGUUGAAAUUGGUUUCCCUUCUAGAGAAGAGCAGAUGGUCUGACCUUUGCAUUGGCCUGAUUUCCUUCCCCCACCACCGCUUUCCCAAGAGGAACUUGAACUCCCUUCUAGUCAGGGAUGGUCCAUCUUGACUCUCCCACCUCCUUU